AUGGCCGCUAGAUCACCACAGAAGAAAACUCGACCUGUGAAACAGGCGUCUGGGCCGCUGAGGCGCGCUUCAACGCGAAAAUCGAUACAGAACACAAGCGUCCUUGAGAACGACGUGUCGAGUGCAGCUGAAGGAUCGGAGGCAGAAGCUCAAGUUAGUAAACGCGCUCCGAAGCGCCAUCAGAAGAAGAGAACCACUCCAAGAAAAGCACCGUCUAAAAGGAAGAGGGAAGAAACGCCAGGAGAGGUCACGGACGACGACGUCGCCGCCGCCGAUGAUCCUGAGGAAUACGACAGUGACGCGCUCGACGAUGACUCAGAUGACCUACGCGGCACGAAAACGAAAAGAAAGAAAGCGUCCUCUUCACCUCGAAAGAGACGGCGUACAAAGGUCACGUCGGAUGACCCUGAAUUGGCUGAAGGACAGGAAAUCAUAGGGAAGGUGGUUGAAGCCCCUAAGACAGGCCAUGUGCCUGCUGGUCAAAUAUCCGGAAACACACUGAACUUCCUCCGCGAUCUGAAGAAGCCAGAAUACAACGACCGUCAAUGGCGAGUUCAAAUUGCAUGGUGCGUGGAAUAUUUCUCGUCCAUGAUAUACAUAUCUGACGAACUCCCUGUAGAGCCUGUGUACCGCGCUGCGGAGAAAGAAUGGAAAGCUUUCAUCGAAUCAUUCACCGACUUGCUCGCAGAAGUCGACGCGCAGGUACCUCACCUUCCUCCUAACGACGUCGUGCAUCGGAUAUAUCGUGAUAUUCGAUUCAGCAACGAUAAAACCCCUUACAAGACCGGAUUUUCCGCGAGCUUCUCGAGGAGUGGUAGGAAAGGGAUAUUUGCUGGCUACCACAUGUAUGUAGACUCUGUCAACGGAAGCCUGAUCCCUGUCUUAUACUAUUUCGUAGUGCAGGUGAUCAUCUAUCUUAUUUCUCUUCCCCUCUCCGUUGAAUCAUACGGUGAAGUGAAACCGGGUGGCGAAAGCCUAAUUGCAGCUGGAUCCUGGUGUCCUGGCAAGAAUGAACUGGCCGCGAUCAGAGCCAACGUCCUUCGCAAUCCAAAUCGUCUCCGUCAAGUCAUAUCCGAACCCGAAUUUGUUCGGUGGUUCGGUGCAGCGGAACGUCCUCCCGAUGGCGAAAGAUCGAACAUAUUCGGAAUGGAGGAUGAGUUGAAGGUUGCACCGAAGGGGAUAGACAAGAACCACAAGGACAUCGACUUACUGAAGUGCCGAUCAUUCGCUGUGGUUCAUCGCUUUCUGGAUAAUGAGGUGCUCGAUCCCGAGUUCAAGAACAAGCUCGCCGACGUUGCCAGAGUGAUGAUGCCGUUCGUUCACUGUUUGAACGAUAUGAUGACUGUCCCUCCUGACGGUGACGAUGGUGACGAGGAUCAGGAUGAGCAAGGAUCUGGGCAGGGUUCGGAGUGA